AUGAGGAAGUUGACAGCAACAAAAAUGCCAAGCAUUUCAAAAAAAAAUAUUGAGAGUAAAUCAUCUACCAUUGAAUUCAAUGUCGGUGAACUGGAAGAAAAAUCCUCUUACGAGAAGAGAAAUGUGGAUCUUGGAAUGACGAUAGCCGAGCAGUCCCUCGGCCUCGAGGUUGACAAAGCAACGAACAAGCGGCUUUUGCGCAAAGCAGACAUAUAUAUAUGCUCAAUGAUGAGCAUAGUAUAUGCUGUGCAAUAUAUGGACAAACAGACUAAUGCUUACGCAUCCAUUAUGGGUCUCAGAGAAGAUUUGAAAAUGCACGGUAAUCAAUAUAGCUGGGUUGGCACCUGUUUUUAUCUGGGUUAUAUGGCAUUCGAAAUACCAAGUUCUUUAGCCUUACAGCGUUUCCCUGUUGCAAAAACAAGCGGAAUCUUUAUUAUACUAUGGGGGUUCGUUCUAUGUAUGAGCAGCGUUCCAAAGACUUAUGCUGGGUUUAUUGUUGUUAGAACUAUCCUAGGAAUUCUAGAAUCUGCAGUUACACCGGCGUUUAUUCUGUUAACAUCCCAAUGGUACAAAAGAGAAGAGCAGCUUUUAAGAACAUCAAUUUGGAGUGCUUCCGCCGGUUUAGGGGCAAUACUUGGUGCUCUUAUUGCUUAUGGUUUGGCAAUACGAGAUCCAUCUAGCCUGCCAAUGGCGUCCUGGCGCCUUUUGUAUGUUAUACUUGGGGUAAUUACCAUUGGCCUUGGUCUCGUGUUUUUGAUUCAUGUUCCAGAUGCUCCUUCCUUUGCGUGGUUUUUGAGUGAGCAAGACAAAAUUUUAACCGCUGAACGUAUUCGUUCGAACAAGCAGGGCUUUGGAAGUCGAAAAUUCAAAAUGUAUCAGCUUAAGGAAGUAUUCCAGGAUGUAAGGACAUAUUUAUAUUUUUUUCUCAUGAUCGCUGCUGAAAUUCCAAAUGGGGGAAUAGGAAGCUUUGGAUCCAUCAUGUUACAGGACAUGGGUUACACGAACGGCAAAGCAUUGCUGAUGGGUACUCCUUUCGGAGCUGUAGAGUUUGUUGGUAUUGUGCUUGUCGGAUAUGUAGCUCAGCGCACCCAAUGUAGAAUGUUUGUUGCGAUGUUCAGCUAUUGCCUCAACAUUGUGUCAGGAUGUUUAUUGGCCUUCCCAUCCGCAAAUAAUGUCCAACUGGCUGGAUAUUAUUUACAAGGUAUGGCUGUCAUCGGAUGGAUCUGUUUUAUCAGCUGUGUUACAUCUAAUUCUGCUGGUCACACGAAGAAAGUUGUUACUAGUGCCAUUUGUAUGAUAGGAUAUUGUGUCGGCAACCUGAUUGGGCCGCAAACAUUUGUCGCAGAAGAAGCCCCUCACUAUAGAAGUGCAAAGAUAGCUAUUGUUGUAUGUUUUGGUGUCUGUUUAUUCCUUACUGUUGCUGUUUACUUCGUGAACCUUAGAGCUAAUCGUAUAAGGGAGGAAAAGAAUGAGAAACUAGACCCCUCCUUUCUAAAUUCGGAAUUUGCGGAUCUUACUGAUUUCGAAAACCCAGAAUUUAGAUAUGCUUUGUGA